ACCCCGCGGCAGGCCAGGUUCGGAAGGCUGCGCACCCUGACCCCGCGGCUGGCCAGGCCGGCGCAGCCCUCUCCCGCCGCCCCCAUCCCAGGCCUCCAGCCCGGCCUCACGAAGCGCAGAGCCACAGGCUGACGUUUAAGGUUUCCCCAGAUCGGAAGUCUGCGCGCUGGUAUUUUUACGAAGGCGGCAGGGGUGGACCGGCUCAAAGGGACCCCGAUACUGCGGCUGAGGCGGCGAGAAGGUUCCUGCUGCCAGGCCGGGCAGAGCUGUACUGGUCCCUGGAUCCCGGCAGUUCGAGGCCUUCAGGAUACCCCAGGGGACCCUCGACUGUCCUCCCUCGCUCUGUCCCCGCUGCCUGGUGGGUGCCGCCGUCCCAUCACCCAUGCGGACUGUCGCGGACACCCGCGCCGCGCCCCACGCCAGUCCCGCCCCGUCCCCGCCCCCGGCUCUCGGCUCCACCCCUGACCCCUUCGCUGCGGGCUCCUCCCCGGCCCCGCCCCCGCGCUCGUAGUCGGCAGGGUGGGUUCGGCCGCCCGGGGGAGCAGGAACCGAGGCUGGGGCGCACGGCGGACGCUGUCAGCCUUGCCGUCCCGCUCCGGGCCCCGAAGGCCGGCCAUGCCCUCGGCUGCGGCCGCGCGGCGCACCCAAGCCCGGCGAUGAGGAGCGGCGCGGAGCGCAGAGGCAGCAGCGCCGCGGCGCCCCCGGGUUCGCCGCCCCCCGGCCGCGCUCGUCCCGCCGGCCCGGACGCGCCCCCGGUCCUGCCUCCGGCCGCCGCCGGCCAGCCCCGGGCCCGGGACGCGAGCGAUGCCCGUGCGCAGCCGCGCCCACUGUUUCAGUGGGGCAAGUGGAAGAAGAGGAUGGGCUCGUCCAUGUCGGCCGCCACGGCGCGCAGGCCGGUGUUUGACAACAAAGAGGACGUGAACUUCGACCACUUCCAGAUUCUGCGGGCCAUCGGGAAGGGCAGCUUCGGCAAGGUGUGCAUUGUGCAGAAGCGCGACACGGAGAAGAUGUACGCCAUGAAGUACAUGAACAAGCAGCAGUGCAUCGAGCGCGACGAGGUCCGCAACGUCUUCCGGGAGCUGGAGAUCCUGCAGGAGGUUGAGCACGUCUUCCUGGUGAACCUCUGGUACUCCUUCCAGGAUGAGGAGGACAUGUUCAUGGUGGUGGACCUGCUCUUGGGUGGGGACCUGCGUUACCACCUGCAACAGAACGUCCAGUUCUCUGAAGACACGGUGAGGCUGUACAUCUGUGAGAUGGCUCUGGCCCUCGACUACUUGCGUGGCCAACACAUCAUCCACAGAGACGUCAAGCCUGACAACAUUCUCCUGGAUGAGCGGGGACAUGCACACCUGAGUGACUUCAAUAUUGCCACCAUCAUAAAAGAUGGGGAGCGGGCAACGGCGUUAGCGGGCACCAAGCCGUACAUGGCUCCAGAGAUCUUCCACUCUUUCGUUAAUGGAGGGUCUGGCUACUCCUUCGAGGUGGACUGGUGGUCGGUGGGGGUGAUGGCCUACGAGCUGCUUCGAGGAUGGAGACCCUAUGAUAUCCACUCGAGCAACCCAGUGGAGUCCCUGGUGCAGCUGUUCAGCACCGUGAGUGUCCAGUAUGUGCCCAGCUGGUCCAAGGACAUGGUGGCCCUGCUGCGGAAGCUCCUCACCGUGAACCCCGAGCACCGGCUCUCCUGCCUCCAGGACAUGCGGGCAGCCCCGUCGCUGGCCAGAGUGCCGUGGGAUGACCUGAUGGAGAAGAAGGUGGAGCCGGGCUUCGUGCCCAACAAAGGCCGCCUGCACUGCGACCCCACCUUCGAGCUGGAGGAGAUGAUUCUGGAGUCCAGACCCCUGCACAAGAAGAAGAAGCGGCUGGCCAAGAGCAAGUCCCGGGACAACAGUCGCGACAGCUCCCAGUCGGAGAAUGAAUAUCUUCAGGACUGCCUUGAUGCCAUCCAGCAAGACUUUGUCAUUUUUAAUAGAGAAAAGCUGAGGCGGAGCCAGGAGCUCACACAGGAGCCUCUUGAGCCUCUUCCUGGCCCUGCAACCAGGAAUGCCAUGGAGACUGCGGAGGACAGCGAGGGGGAGCACUCUGUCCUGCCCACGUGUGGCUCCAUCUGCCCUUCAGCCGGCAGCAGCUAGGCCUCCAGCGCAGAGCCCGUGGACAGUUACCUCUCAGAUGGCUUUGGAGACUUGGGUCUGCCAGGGUAGGGGCGACAGGCUGAGGUCCUGUAGCCACAUCCCCUAGCUGGUGGUACCCACAGUGCCCCAGCCACAUUUUGUAUCUUGGCUCAUGGCAGUGCCCGGUGACAAGAGGGUGUGGGUGCCUGUCAAGAGCAAGAAAGGCCAGCACCACUUAGGCCCUGCAGGACCCAAAAUAGAGUAGGGCCACAGCUGCCCACUCUGGCCUCUGGGGGCUCCCUCACUGCUGGCUGGCAGGUCAUGUGGAGCUGCUCCUGGGCAGGAGCCUGGGCCCUCUGGUCUCUCACAGGCUCAAGGCUGUGUGCAACCUGGUCACUGCAGCCCUGCCACCAGCCACCCUGUGUGCAAGCCUUUUGCCCAAAGCCGCAGGAUGGACAGACUCUGCUCCAUUCUUGGUGGGAGGGUCACGGGUGGGAAGGUGAAGGAUGUUUUCUAGCGAUAUAACUGUUGUGGCGAUUUCUGCUGUUUCUGUAUAGUUUUCACCUCUGAAUCACAUACAAGAGCUAC